AGCACCCGCUUCGCCUCUCUCUCUCUCCUUCCUCCUCUUCCUCCAUUUCUCUCUCUCUCUCGCGCCUCCUCCACCGCCGUACUCCGCCGCUCGCCGGAGCUCAGGUGGAGCUGUGUCUAAAUUGCCACAUACCGUAUAUGCUAGAGUGAAAAAUGGAGGGAUCUGGCAAAGGAGGUGGGGGUACUGAAGUGCUGUUACGAAAUUACAAGAUUGGGAAAACAUUGGGCAUUGGCUCAUUUGGAAAAGUGAAAAUUGCUGAGCAUAUAUUGACGGGCCACAAGGUUGCUGUCAAGAUCCUCAACCGCCGGAAAAUAAAAAGCAUGGAAAUGGAGGAGAAAGUGAAGAGAGAGAUCAAGAUAUUGAGAUUAUUCAUGCACCCCCAUAUUAUACGCCUUUAUGAGGUCAUAGAGACACAAACAGACAUCUACGUUGUCAUGGAGUACGUUAAGUCCGGUGAGCUGUUUGAUUACAUUGUGGAGAAAGGGAGGCUACAAGAGGAUGAGGCUCGUCGUUUCUUUCAGCAGAUCAUAUCUGGUGUUGAGUACUGCCACAGAAACAUGGUCGCUCACCGUGAUCUAAAGCCAGAGAACUUACUAUUGGAUUCAAAAUCUAAUGUUAAAAUUGCAGAUUUUGGCUUGAGUAAUGUACUGCGUGAUGGCCAUUUUCUGAAGACUAGUUGUGGGAGCCCAAACUAUGCUGCUCCUGAGGUAAUUUCUGGUAAAUUAUAUGCUGGUCCAGAGGUUGAUGUCUGGAGCUGUGGUGUGAUCCUUUAUGCUCUUCUUUGUGGUACUCUUCCGUUUGAUGAUGAGAACAUCCCCAACCUGUUUAAAAAAAUUAAGGGUGGUAUAUAUACUCUUCCUAGCCAUUUGUCAUCUUCAGCGAGGAACUUAAUACCUAGAAUGCUAGUUGUUGACCCCAUGAAGCGAAUGACAAUUCGUGAAAUCCGCGAACAUCAGUGGUUCCAAGCUCGACUUCCUCAUUACUUGGCCGUGCCUCCGCCUGAUACAACACAACAAGCUAAAAAGAUCGAUGAAGAUACACUUCAGGAAGUAAUUAAAAUGGGUUUUGCCAAGAACCUAGUGAUUGAAUCUAUCCAAAACAGAAUGCAAAAUGAGGCUACCGUUACAUAUUUCUUACUUUUGGACAAUAGGUUUCGUGCUGCUAGUGGCUAUCUCGGUGCUGAGUACCAAGAAGCUACGGAUACUGGAUUCCCUCACAUGACUUCGUACGAUACACCAACUUCCGCACACCGUCUACCAGGAUAUAUGGAUCCUCAGGGAAUUGCAUUGAGGUCACAUUUUCCUGCAGAAAGAAAAUGGGUUCUUGGACUCCAGUCGCGAGCUCAUCCACGAGAAAUAAUGACGGAAGUCCUUAAAGCACUACAAGAAAUUAAUGUUUGCUGGAAAAAGAUUGGGCACUACAACAUGAAAUGCAGAUGGUCACCCCGCUUUCCUCAAGGCCAUUCCGAAAGUAUGCUUCAUGCCAACCAUAGCUUUGGCAAGGAAUUGACCAUUGUGGAAGCUGACGAUGAUGUCGAUGGCAAUUUAUCUAAUGCAGUCAAAUUUGAAAUUCAGCUUUACAAGACGAAGGAAGAGAAGUAUCUGCUCGACUUACAGAAGGUUAGUGGGCCGCAGCUCCUCUUCCUCAACUUGUGCGCAUCCUUCCUCGCUCAGCUCAGGGUCUUGUGAUGCUUGGUUGAUUGACAAUUACAUUUUGGGCUCGUUUGGUGUCCGAGGUUGGAUUGAACAAAGCUAAGACGAGAGCGCGAUAUUGAGGGGUGCGCGUAGCGACUCAGAGGCGGUCGAGGUGGCCAAAAGUUAGCAUCAUUAAAUCUGGUCGGUUCACAUAAUUCUUCCUGACCAACCCUACAUGCGGCGAUGCUUGACGCUUUUGACUCGCGCAUCCCUCGUUCUCUCUCAUUUUCGCUGUCUCAUUUUAUCCGGUUCAAUUCAGUCCUGGGUGGCAAAUGGGCUUUUUAUUUGUGUGUUAGAAUAUUGUAAACAUUUGUUAUGAAGCUGAACCUUAUAAAUGUACAUAGACUAACCUUACGAUGGCUGUAAGAAGCUUCUCCUUACUGAGAUUCCGUACUCUCUCUCUCUCUCUCUCUACCAGUUGUCAUAUAUCAUUGGCCAGUGCCCGCUGAUGGGCAAAUGCUGUAAUUAAGAAAUUGCACGUUGUUUGCUUGCAUAUCUGUUAGGA